AUGCUGUACACGGUCGUCGGCGAAGCCUAUGUGCGUUUCAGCGGCUACAUCUUUCGUCAAGCCAAUGGUAUCCCCAUGGGCGGUAAUGCUAGCUCCGACAUUGCCGAUCUCACCCUCUCAGUACUUGAGUUCAAGUUCAGCCGAAUUCCCAGCAACCCUCCCGUCCUACUAUGUCGAUACGUCGACGAUGUACUCAUGCUUAACUGUACGGAUCCUCAUCUCCUUCUAUCACAGAUAUACGGCCAACACCUGGACAUCGAAAUCACUGGUUCCGGUAAUUCCGUUGACUACCUAGACAUGACCCUUUCCAUACACGAAGAAGGCUACAUAAUAUCUACUCUUUAUUGCAAAAGUCACUACUUCACUUUCCCUAUCAAUAGGUUCUGUUCCCUCCACAGCAAUGUACACCCAUCGAUUCACAACGGAACUAUAUAUAGCCAGCUGAUUCGCUAUUUACGUAUUGAGUCCUCUCCUCAGGGAUUCACACGUUCGGCACAGCGUCUCUUCAUUGAUUACACCGCUAAAGAUAUGGCCUCCGGCAAGCGUAACAAGCAAAUUGGGGACGACAAUAUCAAUGGCAAAACCUCCAACAUUGAGGACGAGACACUGCACUUGUCCAGCACGGAAAAUGUUGAAAGCCCUCUGUUCAGUAAUUCUGGUGAUCACCGGCGGAUGUUUGACGCAGCCAACGUUACUAUUCGAAUUCAUUACGCCGAAGAACUGCUCCAACAGUUCCUAUUUUGA